GACAAGGUUAAACAAUUACUUUUGGUACAGAUUCAGAGGCACUUGCUAGAGUGUCCACUCAGAAAGAUCGUGUGCCCAUUAUCCAAAUAUGGCUGUACUUUUGAGGGUACAGUAGAACAGAUGGAAGCUCAUAAGAAGGAGGGGAUCGUAGCACACAUGGACAUGUUAUUAAAUAAGAGUAUCACCUCCAAUGAGCAGCACGAAUCAAUGAUAACAGAAAUGAAGGUCACAUUGGAUAAAGUUAUACUGGAGAAUGCCAGGAUCCCCCAACUUAUCGAAGAAAACGAAAAACUACAAAAAGAGGCCAAAGCCAACAAGACGUCCAUUCAGGAAAUGAUGAAAGUCCUGGCAAGCAGUGGAGAGAGAGUGAUACAAACAGGACGCAAGCUUGAGGACAAAGCGUCUGUGGAGACCGUUGACAAACUCAAGCAUGAAGUCGCGGUAAUGCGGGAUGCAGUCCAGGAGUCAAAUAAAAAGAUGACGCAAAUAGAACGGUCUGGAGUAGCAGCAGGGUGUGGCAAUCCUAAAGUCAUACAGCAAGUGGAGAAGCAAGUUGGCCUGCUGGAUAUCCGAGUCAGCGAGUUAGACCUGAGACUUCAACUGCAGGAAACGAUCAACCAUGAUGGUGUCCUCAUGUGGAAACUUCAAGGUUACAGUAAACGGAAACGUGAUGCAAUCAGCGGGAAAACCCUUUCUUUGUAUAGUCAACCGUUCUACACUAGUAGAUACGGAUACAAACUUUGCGGGAGGAUAUACCUGAAUGGUGAUGGGUCCGGGAAGGGGACCCAUCUCUCAUUCUUCAUAGUAGUGAUGCGUGGCGACUUUGAUGCACUUUUACCUUGGCCUUUCCAGCUUCCAGUUACUUUAAAACUAUUAGACCAAAAUGGAACCGGACAACACAUCGCCGAACAUUUCAUGCCUAGCACAAGCAGCAACAGCUUUAAAAGACCCACAACGGAAAUGAACGUCGCGUGUGGCGUGCCAACCUUUGCUAGUCAUGCUAAACUAGAAACGCAAACGUACUUGAAAGACGACACAAUGUUCCUGCGGGUUGAAGUCGAUUGUACAAAUGCCCAAAUUUUGUGUUGAACUGGUCGACAAGCUUCGCGUUCAUUUUCCUAUGGAACAACGGAUUUGUUUUCUCUUUGCAUACUUUUACAAAUGUCUCUAUUCUUUUUGUUCAAAUGUUUUAUCGAUUUUGAGUUAGAAGGACAUUUGGUUUUUUUCUUUGUUUAUUUUUUGUCGUACGUUUUCCCCCGAAUUACUGAUGGGUAAUCGAAUAGCAGGUCAUGAUUUAUAGACAUAUAUAUCAACUAAUCUAGAUUAAUCAUUCAUAAGUAAACUCUGAGACGAGUAAUUUUCUAGUCACGUUAAAUGUUAAAACACUUCAAAUUUUAAGCAAUAUCAUAAUUAUGCCAACGACCCAAAUAUUUACAAAACCAAAGGAAAACAAUUGUGUUUAUAUCAUGGACUGGUCUACAAAAUAUGAAGCACUUUUGAUAGAAAAUGUUAUGGAUUGGUUCCAAAAGGUGAUGCCUUUAAGUAACGGUAGGGCUUCAAAAAAAAAUAAAUAAAUAAAUAAAAAAAAACAAAAAAACGAAACGAAACGAAAAAAAAACUAAAAACAAAACCUGUCGUUACAGAAUUUUCGAAGACACAUUGUUUUCAUAAAGGCCAAAUCUUUACGUUCUCAAUGUAGAGUAUGCAUAAAUUCGAAACACUUUACUUAUUAGUGUAUAUAUAAAAAUGUUAAAAUAGCUAUUUAUCAAUCAUCAAUCAGUGGCGGAGACAAGUGCGAAAUAGUAAAUGUUUAAAUAUACAAUAAUGUUUAUCGCGAAUGUACUGUCAAUGCGUCUUAUUACUUUUACAUUAUAUAUUACCGGCAAAGGUUGUUUCAACUACUUAAAAUUCACAUUGGCAGUAUAUAGAGAGAGCAAGUGAUGUAGAGAGCAAGUGAUGCAUGCGAAUGUCAGAGAUAAGUAGAUGUGUAUUGGUCAAUGUGAGGUCAGUGUCUGUGAGAGGGAAAGUGACCAGUCAGAGAACAGAUGUGUUUUUAUACAAUAUUAAAUGCUUAAUUAAAUUAGUUAUACAAUGUAUUAAGUUUAGAAUGAUGUAUGAUGUAUCCUUAGUUAGGAUAUUUUAGAGUAGUUUAUAUGAUACAAUUAGAUUUAAAGUAUGAUCGCAGAUAAAUGAAAAGCAGUCAUUUUAGUGGCUUUAAUAACAUAUAUAUGACAUGUUUUUGAUAGAGUACAGGAAGCUGGUUAUUAUGUGUGUAAGGAUAUGUGUGACAUUAUAGUUAAUUAGUAAGAUAGGAAUGAGUCCCGUGUGAGUUUAACAAAAGGAUGAAAGCUUUCCGAGGGUAAGAUUCGAAAGGGUGUCUUCGAGGAAGUAUACAUGUUUGAGAUAAGAGUGACAGAAAAGUCUGAGUGACGUGUCCUAGGUUGAAGAAGGGCGUUAAGCCCAUCAAUCAAUCAAUCGAGUGAGAGGAUCAGCACGGAACAUCAGAGAUGAGGCCAGAACCACAUGUACAUGUAUAAGAAAUAAAGAAAUCAGCCAACAACCUUGCGAAGAAUCCUCAUUAUAACCUUAUGAACAUCGCGACAUGUUUUUACAUUUCAGCUUUUUGAGACUUGUGCAAAUAUCUAACAUAAUCCGAGUUACGGAUAAAAUUAGAUAUCAGAGCUACGGAAUAUAUUAGAUAUCCGAGUUACGGAUUAUAUUAGAUAUCUGAGCUACGGAUUAUAUUAUAUAUCAGCGUUUCGGAUUAUAUUAGAUAUGCGAGUUACGGAUUAUAUUAUAUAUCCAAGUUACGGAUUAUAUUAGAUAUCCGAGUUACGGAUUAUAUUAGAUAAUCGAGUUACGGAUGAUAUUAGAUAUGCGAGUUACGGAUUAUAUUAGAUAUGCGAGUUACGGAUUAUAUUAGAUAUCCGAGUUACGGAUUAUAUUAGAUAAUCGAGUUACGGAUGAUAUUAGAUAUGCGAGUUACGGAUUAUAUUAGAUAUGCGAGUUACGGAUUAUAUUAGAUAUGCGAGUUACGGAUUAUAUUAUAUAUCCAAGUUACGGACUAUAUUAGAUAUCCGAGUUACGGUUUAUAUUAGAUAUGCGAGUUACGGAUUAUAUUAGAUAUCCGAGUUACGGAUUAUAUAAGAUAAUCGAGUUACGGAUUAUAUUAGAUAUCCGAGCUACGGAUUAUAUUAGAUAUCCGAGUUACGGAUGAUAUCAGAUAUGCGAGUUACGGAUUAUAUUAGAUAUGCGAGUUACGGAUUAUAUUAGAUAUCCGAGUUACGGAUUAUAUUAGAUAUGCAAGUUACGGAUUAUAUUAGAUAUGCGAGUUACGGACUAUAUUAGAUAUGCGAGUUACGGAUUAUAUUAGAUAUCCGAGUUACGGAUUAUAUUAGAUAUGCGAGUUACGGUUUAUAUCAGAUAAUCGAGUUGCGGAUUAUAUUAGAUAUCCGAGUUACGGAUUAUAUUAGAUAUCCGAGUUACGGAUUAUAUUAGAUAAUCGAGUUACGGAUUAUAUUAGAUAUCCGAGCUACGGAUUAUAUUAGAUAAUCGAGUUACGGAUUAUAUUAGAUAUCCGAGUUACGGAUUAUAUUAGAUAUGCGAGUUACGGAUUAUAUCAGAUAAUCGAGUUACGGAUUAUAUAAGAUAAUCGAGUUACGGAUUAUAUUAGAUAUCCGAGCUACGGAUUAUAUUAGAUAAUCGAGUUACGGAUUAUAUUAGAUAAUCGAGUUACGAAUUAUAUCAGAUUAUCGAGUUACGGAUUAUAUUAGUUAAUCGAGUUACGGAUUAUAUUAGAUAUGCGAGUUACGGAUUAUAUCAGAUAAUCGAGUUGCGGAUUAUAUUAGAUAUCCGAGUUACGGAUUAUAUUAGAUAUCCGAGUUACGGAUUAUAUUAGAUAUGCGAGUUACGGAUUAUAUUAUAUAUGCGAGUUACGGAUUAUAUUAUAUAUGCGAGUUACGGAUUAUAUUAGAUAAUCGAGUUACGGAUUAUAUUAGAUAUCCGAGUUACGGAUUAUAUUAGAUAUGCGAGUUACGGAUUAUAUUAGAUAUGCGAGUUACGGAUUAUAUUAGAUAUGCGAGUUACGGAUUAUAUUAGAUAUGCGAGUUACGAUUAUAUUAUAUAUCAGAGUUACGGAUUAUAUUAGAUAUGCGAGUUACGGAUUAUAUUAGAUAUGCGAGUUACGGAUUAUAUUAGAUAAUCGAGUUACGGAUUAUAUUAUAUAUCAGAGUUACGGAUUAUAUUAGAUAUCCGAGUUACGGAUUAUAUUAGAUAUGCGAGUUACGGAUUAUAUUAUAUAUCAGAGUUACGGAUUUUAUUAUAUAUAAGAGUUACGGAUUAUAUCAGAUAUCCGAGUUACGGAUUAUAUUAGAUAUCCUAGUUACGGAUUAUAUUAGAUAUCCUAGUUACGGAUUAUAUUAGAUAGUUCAUGUCAGUAUUUGUAUGUGUAAAACAUUAAAAACAAUAACUCCAAUCAAAAGGUAUCGUUAUAAACUUGUUAUACGUCAAUUACUGAUGUAAAUAAGGUUUUACCUUCGUUAUUAUUAUUCAUAAAUAACAUGAAUCUUCAAAUCUUAUAAUCAUAACAAUCAUUGUUUCCAGGGUCGCACACAUCGAGUAUCAACUUAAACUGAAGAUUUAGUUAUGAGCAAUUUGUGCAGUCACAAUUGUCUGAACUUUAUCUGAUCUUACAUCUAAACCAAUUAUGAGUUAUAUUUAAAUGGCGUUUAAUUAUAUAUAUACACAUUUUACAUCUAGUGACGGGCUCAUUUACAUUUUGAUCUAGAAUUUUAUAAUUAUGCUAUCUAAAUAAUAAUGGACGAAUCAAUGGAAUAAACAUAAAAAUAAUACAGUAGUGAA